CCAAAUAACAACAGUGUGUGCAGGCUCAGAAAUGCUUCAGAAUUGACCAAGAGGAAGCACGUUUCAUGAUGACACAAUCUUGUUGCUGUAGUCAUUCAUCGAAGGGAAACUCCCACAGGAAAAGGCAUAAAGCUGCUCAGGGAAGGCUAAGCAGCUGCUCAGUGCUAGUCAGUCAAACAUUGGGUUAGAUUCACACAGAGCUAAACAUGAGUACCAGCCCAGGCCCUUUCCAAAUUUUUUCUGGGUCCCUCAGGGGUAGUUCAGGGUGUGGUUUGGCCCAGCAAGGAACUUCUUACAGACCUUCAAGUGCAGAUGGUGGUGCCAGCAGCACACAUACCUCCUUCUCCUCUGCCAGACCCCUCUGGCUGGCUACUGGAGGAGAGGCACCCUGGGGAGGCUUCGGCGAGCACCAUGGGGAAAGCAUCUUCCUGGGUGGGAAUGAGAAACAGACUAUGCAAAACCUGAAUGAUCGUUUGGCUGCCUAUCUGGACAAGGUCCGCUCCUUAGAAGCAGCUAACGCUCAGCUGGAAAGCUGCAUCCUAGAGUGGCACAAGACAAAGUCUCACGGAAAGAGGCAUGACUUCAACCAAUACGAGCAAAACGUCACUGACAUGCAAAGACAGAUUGAGGAUGGCAAGAUCACCAAUGCCAGUAUCCUUUUACAAAUUGAUAAUGCUAACAUGGCAUCUGAAGACUUCAGGCUCAAGUAUGAAGCAGAGAAGUCUCGCAGGCAGGGAGUGCAGCUUGAUGUUGAGAACCUGCGUAAGGAGCUCGAUGGCCUGACCAUUGUUACAACAGAUCUGGAAAUGGAAAUUGAAGGCUUGAGAGAAGAGCACAUCCUCAGGAGGAAAGACCAUGAGGAGGAUAUGGAAGCAAAUCGCUCAUCACAAGACUUCCAAGUCAAUGUAAAAGUAAAUGCAGCACCUCCUGAAGACUUAGCCAAGAUUCUAGCAGAAAUAAGAAAAGAUUAUGAAGCCAUAAUUGAAAAGAAUCGUCAAAGCCUGGACAGUUGGUACAAAGAACAGAGUACAGCUAUGUCUCUGGCAGCAACCCCUAAUCCAGAACAGAUGCAGCGCAAUAAGAACGAGAUCAAGGAUCUAACACGUACUCUACAGUCCCUGGACAUCGAGCUGCAGGCACAGAUGAGUAAGAAACACAUGCUGGAAGACACCUUGGCUGACACUCGGAAUUACUAUGCUGUUGCACUUCAAAACAUGCAGCAGAUCAUCUCCAAAUGUGAGGAAGAGCUAAGCCAGGUUCGUCAUGACAUUAAGCAGCAAAAUAACCAAUACAAGGUUCUUCUUGGGAUCAAAACCCGCCUGGAGAAGGAAAUUUCCACUUACCGCCUGCUGCUGGAAGGGAAUGUUGACGGGAUAGCAAGAACAUCUGAAUCAAAAGCUAAAGAACAUGCUGGGCUGACCAGUCGAAAGAUCAAGGCAAUUGUCCACGACAGCGUGAAUGGGCGGGUGGUAUCCUCCACCGUCAACGAGAUCCACCAGCAAGCAUGA